GCAUUUUCGACAUAGAAGAGGCUCUUGUGAGCGUAUAGCAAGCCUCAAUUUGAAGCCUGUAUAUUCUCUCCAUCGACUCACGUGCAAGAUGACGACGUCGCUCCCGGGCAAUCGCGACCUGCCAGUCUCACAAUAUGACCUCAGCACGUACUGGGGACGCGUGCAGCACUCCGCCACCAUUGCAGACCCGAGAACACUACUCACGUCCGCCGCCGGCCUCGAAAAUGCGAAGCAGCUCGUUACGGCGUAUAGGACGGGGAAGAUACGCGACAUGACACCCGAUCUGUGGAAUGCGAAGAAGAUUAUCGACUCUACGAUCCAUCCAGAUACGGGAGAGCCAGUAUUCCUCCCCUUUCGCAUGUCGAGCUUCGUCAUCUCGAACCUGGUCGUCACAGCGGGCAUGCUCGCACCAGGCCUCAGUACGGCAGGAAUUCUCGGCUGGCAAAUCACGAACCAAUCCCUCAACGUCGCAAUCAACUUCUCCAACGCCAACAAGUCCACCCCGCUCUCGACUUCGACAAUCGUCCAAUCCUACUGUCUCGCCGUCAGCGCAUCAUGUGGUGUAGCACUCGGUCUCAAUGCUGUCGUGCCCCGCAUGAAGAGCCUCUCGCCCAACGCGAAGGUGAUUGCGGGCCGCCUCGUUCCCUUCGCGGCGGUAGCUAGCGCAGGUGCGCUGAACGUGUUUCUCAUGCGCGGCGAGGAAAUCAGACAAGGCAUCAACGUGUUCCCCGUGUUGACGGAGGAGGAGAAGAGCAAAGUGGAGACAGGGGAGCUGGAGGUCAAGCCGCUGGGCAAGAGCAAGAAGGCAGCUACACUUGCGGUGGGAGAGACGGCGCUGAGUCGCGUGUUGAAUGCGACACCGAUUAUGGUGCUGCCGCCGCUCGUGCUCGUUCGUCUGCAGAAGACGGACUGGCUCAAGCAGAGGCCAAGGAUGGUCACGCCAAUUAACCUGGGGCUCAUUCUCACGACAUCCAUCUUUGCGCUGCCGCUUGCGCUUGCUGCGUUCCCACAGCGUCAGGCUGUCAGUGUCGACACAUUGGAGCCCGAGUUCAAAGGGCGCGGCGGACUGGGUGGUAUGGUGGAGUUUAACCGCGGUAUCUGAGAGUAUGUGACUUGGCUUGAUUAGAUUGCCUCCCUAAGCAUGGCUC